AGCUCUUUGGUGAUACUCCAAUCUUUCAGGUCUCUCUUAACGGACUCCUCAGGGGUUUCUUCAUUCAUAUAAACCUGUGCAAGGCGAACAAUAAGAAGGGCGCUGAACUUUCCGAAGACAGUAACACUUCACUGGAAAUUAUUGAUGGUGCCGUGGAUUCAAGUUCGUCAGCUCAGGAUGGUCUGGCUGGUGAGGAUUCAAGUUUGAUGCUCAAACUAAAAUUCCUGAAAUAUAAGAUCAGGACCUUUUUAAUUCGGGAUGGCCUCUCCACCCUUUUCAAUGAUGGCCCAUCUAAAUAUCGAGUUUAUUACCUGAAGCACAUGGGGAAUUGGGGAACAUCAGCACGUAAACAGAAAGAGCUUUGCAAACUGUUGGAUCAAUGGGCUGUCCACAUUACAUUAAAGUGUGGCAAUAAGCCACUCUCGUCCUCAGCGUAUCUUGAUGAGGCAGAGCCUUUCCUUGAACAAUAUGCUGACCAGGAUCUGGUAGGGGCGAAGCAGAAAAUUUGAGAGAUGGAGAGGAUGAUCUUCAGCCAGAACGUGGGACAGCACCUUGUAGUCCUACAACGUCCCUCGACGUUGUUUCCAAAACUGAGGGCCUCGUUGUCUUCUUUCCUGGUAUACCUGGUUGUGCAAAGUCUGCUCUAUGUAAGGAAAUAUUGGAAAUGCCUGGUGGCCUUGGUGAUAAUCGCCCUCUUCAUUGUUUGACAGGAGAUCUUAUUGGAGGAAGAUACUGGCAUAAGGUUGCUGAUAAGCGAAAAGAGGAACCAUUUAGAAUAACCCUCGCCGAUAAAAACGCACGAAAUGAGAAAGUGUGGCGGCAGAUUGAGGAUAUAUGCCGGACCACAAAAGCAGCUGCUGCUCCUGUUAUUCCUGAUUCUGAAGGCACCGAUACAAAUCCAUUUUCUUUGGAAGCUCUUGCUGUUUUCAUGUUUCGUGUGCUCCAACGGGUCAAUCAUGAUAUCUCCAUUGCCUGGUGAUGUUAAAACUAUCUUAGAUGAGGUGCUUAGCUUAUUCAUUCAUGGAAGAGCGGAGCUAUUAGAAGGUUGGGCACAGUCACAGUGGGAGAAGAGGUUGCGUGAGAUCUUGUUCGGGAAUGCUGAUUAUCUUAAAUCCAUUCAGGUUCCCUUUGAGGUUGCUGUGAAAGAAGUAGUGGAACAGUUAAAGGCUGUGGCAAAAGGUGAUACCAAAACACCUGAUACUGCGAAGCGGAGGUUCGGCAAUAUCAUUUUCGCUGCUGUGACAUUAUCCCAGGCAGAUAUAUUGGGCCUUGUCCAUCAGUUGCGGAGAACGACACUGAUGUCAACAAUUUUCUUAACGGCAUAAAAUUAGAGGAUAACCUGAUGAACGUGCAUGUCACCCUCGCCCACAAAAGAGCCCAUGGUGUAGCUGCAGUUGCAAGUUACAGCGUCUACCUGAACCAGAAAGUCCCCGUAUCGUUUAAUGCAUUCUUCUACAACGACAAGAUGGCUGCGCUCGGAGCACAUCUUGGAAUGGUAAAUGGUGAGGCUAUUGUCUCUAAAAAUGAUUUUCCACAUUGUACUCUAUGGACAGUCGGAGGUGUUGCACCAAAGGAAGCAAACACACUGCCACAGUUGGUUUCCGAAGGAGAAGCAAAGCGGGUGUUGAUCGACUCUCCUAUCACCAUCUCUGGAGUAGUAAACUUUUAUUGAUUCGUCAUCUUGUUUAGAUUAGAUUGAUGCAUAAAUAACGAUAAGAGCAUUGUAAAUGUUAGUUUAAACUUCAUAAA